UGAACCAUCGUAACGCCUGAGCUUUUCUGUGUAUCACGGGCUAAAGCGUUAUUUCAACGUACCGGAACAACUUGAGCAGUUCUCAGUUUUCGCACAUGAUCUUUCCGUUACAUCGUAACCAUAAAUCAGUGCAUGGUUUGUACACAUCAUCAAGAAGUGUUUGAUAAAAGUAUCCACAGUAGUGUCACAGAGAAGUGAGUCGAUGCUUGAUUUUACGGAGGAUGAACUUGUGAAUUUUCUCUGGGAGAGUGUCACAGACAUACAUGAUUGAAAAGUUUAUGAGACACGCAGGUUUUUCAUCCUUCACUUUUCUCGCUGUGUCUCGUCAAGUGAUGAAAAUUCUUCCCCAAGUGAUAAUAAAUUACCCAAAAUUAUUUGAUUAAAAUGUCAUCAAGUUAAUAAAUCAAAUGAAGUGAGCCAACACAGGAACAGUACUUUUAAGAGAAAGAACACCAACUCAAGCUUUGUAUGAGCUUUCACAGUCCUUGUCUGGCCUUUCUCACUUGACUCUCUUCCUCGCCGAAGGCAGCGUGUGUAGAUAGUAGUCAAAAAAAAAAACACAAGAAUAAAAUAUGAAAGAAAUAUAAUAUGAAUGACAUAAAAUAAAGAUCAAAGAGGAGGAAAAGUGUUUAUUUCAUACAUAUUUUAACAAGAGUGGACGUGAAUGAAUAUAAGUCGACGGCAGUCGCAAACGAGUGCCAAAGAAGCCAAGAGCAAUAUUGCCAAAGUAUACUCUCACAUUUGACGCAUUUCAUACGUGACCAAGCGAGCUAACACAAUACAUAAACAUUGUACAUACUCUAUAUAGCAUACAGAAUUUGGUGUUGGUAGUAAUAAUAAUAUAUAAAUGUAACGAAUUUCUGUCAAGGAAUAUUGUUACCCCAAAAAUGGCAUAACCUCUCGCGCGUCAAUAAUAAUAAAAUUCAGUGGCGUGCCAAGAAUGGAGAUAAGCAAAAGUGUUUUGGGAAUAAUAUGGAUUUUCUUCUCGACCAUUCGCACCAUAAAUGGAAACGCGGGACACGCUGGACUCAAUGUGGACCAAGUGCCUGAACCAGAUUUCACAGAACCAAUUGAGAAUAUAACUGCUCCCGUAGGACGAGAGGCAAUACUUAGUUGCUCAGUACAGAAUUUGGGCGGAUAUAAGGUUGGCUGGAUGAGGGCAUCCGAUCAGACCGUGCUAGCACUUCAAGGACGAGUUGUAACUCACAAUUCGAGGUACAGUGUUAUCAAUGAAGACAUGAGGACAUGGCGGUUGAAAAUACGACAACUCAGAGAGUCAGAUCGAGGAUGCUACAUGUGCCAAAUUAAUGCUAGUCCAAUGAAAAAACAACUGGGUUGCAUAGACGUUCAUGUGCCGCCGGACAUUAAUGACGAGGAGUCAUCGAGCGACGUGACGGCUCGUGAGGGUGAGGAUACUACCCUAUUUUGCAGUGCCAAUGGCCAUCCUAUGCCACGUAUCACUUGGAGGCGAGAGGACGGUGCCCCAUUGCUUAUCAAACGUAACGAGACUAUAGCCAGAGUUGAUUCCUACUAUGGCAGUCUUCUCAAUUUAUCCAAUGUGGAGAGAAAACAAAUGGGAGCUUAUCUCUGCAUUGCUGCAAAUGAUGUUCCACCUGCCGUCUCUAAGAGGGUUUUUCUCAAUAUUCAUUUUGCACCUCAAAUUGUUACUCCAAAAUCCCUGUUUGGUGGCUUGGCGGAGUCAGAUAUUCUCCUGGAGUGCAUGGUCCAAGCAUCGCCCAUAUCGGUGAAUUAUUGGAUAAAGGGCAGUGCUCCGAAGCGAAACUCUUACGAAACAUUCACUAGACCAGAAAUGCUUCUACAUGGAGUACCCUACAUUUUUCCCAGUGCACGAGGACCCCCACGGUGGACACGCCGAGGCCAAUCAGCCACUGCACGACAUCAUGUAUUCACGGGGUGGCGAUUCGGGUGGAAGUACUCCCAUGUGGGUGGUACACUGCGUCGUGGCGGCUGUGCUAUUGCAGGCCCUCUUGAUUGCCAUCAGAUGACUAUGACGCUCCCGGGAGCAAACGGAUUAGGAUAAAUCGUAGUGCAGGGUAUUUCGGAGAGAGAAUUUGGCGGUGCGGGACGGUGACACAUUUAUUCCCUCAUCCUCAGCACAGGGGUGAUUGCCAAGUGAGUGUUUUCCACAGCAUCCCCAGCAGAUGCUGUUUAAUUGAAAAAUACCUUUUUGAUUCGUUUGUACAUAACGAAACAAAUGAAAAUGUGUGUCCAGUACACGUGAUCCUCACACGAUAUUUCAAAUCGCUACAAUGGCCUCAAAAAUAUUUUAUGCGGGAAACGUUGCAAUACAUACUCCUGAAAAAAGCUGGAUAUAUACUAUAAUACCUAACAAUUACAGAGUAAUUGUUAAUAUCAUGCAUAUACAAUUUUAGAUAAAAAUCUGAAAGUUAGAUAGAAUUAUAUUUCUUAUAUACACAGAUUAUAUAGAGUGCGAUUAUAAAAGUACCACUGGUCACAGUAAAAAAAAAUUGGGAUUGAUGUUCUGUGUUAGAAUAUCAUGAGCGGCAUGAAAAGGUAAAUUCUAUAAGGCAAAAUCAUCUAAAGCUUUGAUAAAAUCCUAAAUUUAUGCGGUAUUCUUAUUUUUUCUUGAAAAUUUGAAAUUACUUUACAACUUUGUUUUUCUAAAUACACGACAUAUCGUUGCUUUUAUCUCUCACAAAAAAAAAGAAUCGCAACUAAUUUUACUCUGAAUGCAAUAAUGGGAAGAAAUAAAUUGUCUACAGCUAUUUUUAUCUUACCGGAUACAAUUAGCAUGAUAUCUUGUUUCAAUCUUCUGGGUAUGUUAUGUACGAAUAGAAUACCUCGGUGGUUUUCUCAUCCUGAUGCUAUGUAAAGAUUUUCUGUCUUGAAAGUUAUGUGGGAGUGUAUAUAAUAGACAAUAUUUUGAGAAAAGACUACCAAGGUGUCUGGGGUUGAAGAAGUGAAUAAAAUAGACCAAAGAAACUUUCAUUACAACCCUCUGCGUAAAAUAUUUCCUUAGAUGCCACAAACAGUGCUCGUUUAAGAUCACGAUCGGUAUUAAUCAUAUUUUAAAGUUCAAAAUUAUAUUUAAAAUAUGUAUAUUGAAAUUUGGUGCACAUCAUAAGUUUAUAAAUAACCGCGAGUAUCUUUACGAGUUUUUGAUUGAUAUGGGUGUGAGGAGAAAGCCGACGGGAAAUGAAAAGUAGUAAUAAGAGUUUAUCCCGAAGCCAAAAAGACGAAAAUGGCUGUAGUAUUGUUGGGAUCUGAGAAUGUAUUAUAUUAUCAGUAUUAAUAAUAACCAAUUGGAAAUGAUAAAUGUUCGGAAGGAAGUUGUAAAUAUAAGUCUACAAUGUUGUAAUAAAGGAAAAUAUAUGAAACUUCAUAACUUUA